AUGUCGCAACGGGAGUACCACAUAGUCGUCCUUGGUUCUGGUGGAGUCGGAAAGAGCUGCCUAACAGCGCAAUUCGUGCAGAAUGUAUGGAUAGAGAGUUAUGAUCCUACCAUCGAAGACUCGUACCGAAAGGUACUUGAUGUUGACGGCCGCCAUGUCAUCUUGGAGAUUUUAGACACUGCAGGCACCGAGCAAUUCACUGCCAUGAGGGAACUAUAUAUGAAGACCGGUCAAGGGUUCCUUCUCGUCUUCAGCAUAACUUCGGCGUCUUCUUUCUGGGAAUUGGCAGAGCUUCGGGAGCAGAUACGACGAAUAAAGGAAGAUAGCAACGUUCCCAUGGUCCUUAUCGGCAACAAGUCAGAUCUAGAAGAAGACCGAGCAGUGCCACGCCCACGAGCCUUUGCAAUAUCCCGUGAGUGGAAUAUACCGUACUUUGAAACCAGUGCUCGAAGAAGAGCCAACGUGGAUGAGGCCUUUGUCGACCUUUGCAGGCAAAUCAUCCGCAAAGAUCAACAGGAACGGUCGCGCAUGGCCCCACCGGACUCACCAAGACCUGGUCCAAGGUCGCGGACGCAUACUGGAAGACCUAAGCGCAAGGGACACCGACCGCAUUGCACCAUCCUUUAA